UCUGUUUUUGGGUUAGGGCAUGCCAAUAAGUGACAUGGCUAGUUCUGACGAGGAACAGAUAGCGAUAGUCGGGCUGUGGUGCCGGUUUCCAAACGCCGACGGACCCGACGACUUCUGGAGAGUCCUUGUGAACGGAGAGGAUUGUGUAGAGGAGCUCCCACCAGACCGUAGGAGCCAGGGCGCCUUGUACGAUGCCAACGAGAACACUACUGUAACAGGAAAUAGCUCCGUUGAGAGGGCAGCAGUUGUGAAGGGGUACAAGGAAUUCGACCCUGGUCUGUUCGGAAUGACGCACGAAGAAGCAUCGCGGAUGGACCCCCAGCAGCGCUUCAUGUUGGAGUGUUCGUACAAGGCGUUUGAGAAUGCCGGCAUCACAAUGGAAGACCUGGACGGCAGCGACACUGGUGUCUUUGUUGGAGCAACACAUAGCGAUCACCUAUCAGAGGAUGACGUAGACCCGACCCAGGCAGGGGACCCUUCCAUUUCUGGAGCGGCCGCGUCUCUCCUGGCGGCACGUGUGUCCUACACCUUUAACCUGACCGGCCCGGCACUGACUGUGGACACCGCCUGCUCGUCAGGACUGUACGCCGUACAUCUCGGCUGUCAGGCCAUCAGGACAGGUGACUGUUUCAUGGCCGUCUGCGGAGGUGUGAGUUUUAUUCGCCAGGAGAAGAUGCUAGAGCCGCAGUACCGGGCAGGCACGGCUGGUCCCGUCGGGCGAUGUAAGCCCUUCUCCGCGGCAGCUGGCGGGUACGUGCGAGGGGAGGGCUGUGGAGUCGUCGUGCUGAAAAGGCUACAAAGAGCGUUAGAACACAAAGACCACAUCUGGGCGGUCAUCCGGACGGGAGUGAACCAAGAUGGCCGCACCGCCAUCCCCAUCACUGCCCCAUCACAGACCCAACAGGAGGAAUUACUCCGCCUUGUUUACGAACACCACAAGAUCGACCCACAAGACAUCGACUACAUCGAGGCUCAUGGAACUGGCACUCCGGACUGGGACACAGUGGAAGCUAGCAGCCUGGGUAAUAACAUAGGCAAGGCGAGAAAGCCUGGCGAUCCCCCCGUAUUACUAGGUUCGGUUAAAAGUAACAUUGGACAUCUGGAGUCAGCAGCCGCUAUGGCGGGAAUCAUCAAGGUUCUCCUGAUGAUGAAGCACGAGAAAGUCGUGCCAACUCUUCACUUUCACGAGCCGAACCCAAAUAUUGAUUUGGACAGUCUGCGUCUAUGCGUGCCAACGGAAGUACAAGAUUGGCCACUGCGAGGGAAGGACAGAAGAUUAGCCUGUGUUAACUCCUUUGGAUUAAACGGUUCAAACGCCCAUGCCGUUUUGGAGCAGCUACAGCUUUCAAGGGACGGCAGCGAUUAUGAGGAAGAGGAAACAAAAGACACUGUUGUGGCCUUAUCGGCGAGAAAGCGGGAAUCUCUGAGAUUGGCAGCUGAGGAUCUUAACGACUACUUGCGACGCAACCCGGGCAUAUCAGUGCAAAGGCUUGCCUACACAUCAACAAUGAGAAGAACCCACCACGACUACCGACUAGCAGUAUAUGGUAGCUCGGUUGAGGAUAUAGAACGAUCCCUGACGAAAGCAUUAAAUGAGAUUGAAGACAGACCCGAAACCAGAACCGAAAGACAAACUUCACCUGUCAGUUAUGACUUUGAAACAGACAAGCGCGUCAUUUUUGUGUUUGGUGGACAGGGAACUUUGUGGGAGGGCGUCUGUCUGGACCUGAUGGACAAAGAGUCGGUAUUUAGAAAAAAGCUAACUGAAAUAGAUUCCCUGUUUGGGCAGUACGUGGACUGGUCCUUGCUCAAUAAGUUGUCGAACAGAGAAGAUUUUGACGUGCCGAUUGUAGCUCAGGCUCUGAUUUUCAGCACGCAGGUGGCACUAUUUGCACUUUGGCAGUGGUGGGGAAUCACUCCGCACGCCAUUCUCGGGCAUUCCGUGGGAGAAGUCGCUGCGGCACACUGUUCAGGUGUCUUGUCGCUACCAGAGGCCGUGCGUGUUAUCUACCACCGAGGACGCCUCCAAAAUGAAACCCGGGCCGGGAAGAUGCUCGUUGUGGGUAACCUUCCCAUCGAGGAGGUGGAGGAGCUGUGUAAAGGUGUGUCGGGAGACCUGAGCGUGGCUGUUGAGAACAGCGCCACCUGUUGUGUGCUGUCAGGCGACAGGGAUGCCAUACACAACAUACAUGAGCUGCUGAAAUCGAUGAAUGAAGAGAACCCGACUAGGCAGCUGUUCCUGAGGGAGGUCCAGGGCGUUAAGUUUGCUUACCACAGCCAUCACAUGGAGCCUGUCCGAGAGGAGCUGCAGGCAUCGUUGGCCGACCUUACAGGACACCCGCCGGAGGUGGAGCUGUAUUCUACGGUGACGGGAGCGAGAGCCACUCCGACAGACUUCGUGACUGGAGACUACUGGGGCAGAAACGUGAGGCAGCGCGUGAUGUUCAGAAGUGCCAUGUCAGAAUCCCUACGCCCGGAGAAACACAACGUGGUGGUCGGAAUCGGACCAAAAGCGCCAAAAAGAAGUUAUAUCAAGCAACUUGCGGCGAACACAAAGCUAACUUACGUUGCGUCCGUUAAGCCGAAUCAAGAAUACCCGACCAUGCUGCAAGGUCUCUGUGAGCUGUAUCAGGCCGGUUUACUACCAAGAUGGGACUCUUUGUUUCAAGGUCGAAAGUACACUCCAUAUCAAGUACCGAGGUAUCAUUUCGCUCGGAGGCUGCUCUGGUCUAAGACAGAUAAGACUCUUGCAAGAAGACAAGAUUUGGGAGUGAAAUGUGUCUCCAGUCCCACCACACACCCUUUACUAACCCGGGUUUCUACAGAUCCACUGCAGUACGAAUGCCUUAUAAGCAGGCAGAAGAUGCCGUAUCUAUAUGACCACGUCCAGGACGGCACGGUUGUUGUUCCUGGUGCUCAGUACUGUGAUCUGGGGAUCGCCGCGUGUAUGGAUGUGAUAUUCCCGCGGCAGCCUGUCUCCAGUUGCAGGACAAGUGUGACGUUUCUGACAUCAGUCACCCUGCCAAGCCAAGAUGGCACAGCCGUUAUCCGAGUCAUGGUCAAUCACGACGAAGCCGCCAAGAAGGUUCAUUUUGAACAGCGAACGGACCGAGAUGUCCAUGCGAAGGGCACAGUCAUCUAUAGCAAUCGGCAGCAGUCCACCAUAACCAGGCUUGACAUAGACGCUAUACGAUACCGCUGUAAUAAUACCAUAUCUGGUGAUGACCUGUAUGAAGCGCUACAAACAACUGGCUUACAAUACGGACCUACACUGCGUAGACUGACGGAAUGUCGCUACGGAGAAGGGACGCAUGGAAAGGAAGCCAUGGCCGUCAUUCAUGUCCACGAUACAGUAGCAGCAGAGAUGCACAGCUGCUGCAUACACCCUGCUAUUCUCGACUGCCUGAUGCAGACUUGUUUUCUACUCGAGUUCAAUAUUCUGCGUCAAACAAACGGCCGACGCCUAAAAUUCUUCCCCGUCUCCAUCGAAAGUCUUGUUGUGGUAAGACCUGUCGAAGAACACAUGUGUAUGUACAUGAAGCAGACUGGCGGAACACCAGGGACAAUCCGAUCAAACGGUGUCCUAGUGGGGAUGGACGGGCAGGUCAUCCUGGAGCUGAGGGGUCUCACCUUCAGGAUGUGCACGGACGGCAACUCCAGCAGUUUGGAGGACUUUGUCUUCACCACGACGUGGACGGCCGCCCAGUCUCAGUGGGGAGGAGAGGUUGAGCCAAAGCUCGUCAAUGAAUUCUGUGAGCUGAAAUGUCUGGUACUACAGGAUGACUGUGGGAUAUCCAACCAACUGGAGCCUUUCGUCAGCUCCGAUUCUGUCUUCAUCUCCCUAGAGGACUUCAAGAGGACUGACUACCGAAACGACGAGAGCGCGUUUCCAAAGUUGUUGCAAGAAAUGGACGUGAACCUGAACUUUGACUUUGUUCUGCACUGUUGCGGUAUAUCUCAACUGGAUCCCGAAAAGUUGGACGCGGAAGCGCUGGAUACUCGUGUGGAACUAGCGUGUGCAAGUCUUCGACAGGUCAUGAAGAUGCUGAUCACAGACGGGAGUAGGGUCCCUGUUAAAAUCAUCACGCGCAAUGUGCAGUUCUCCAUGUGGCAAGAGUCGCUAGAUAGUGACGUUGACAGCGCCUGGCAUGGUCUGCUGGAUCUCGCUGGAGCGCCUCUGUGGGGUUUGAUCCGCUGCGCAAUCAGAGAAGGGGCUUACCCACUGCUGCAGCUUGUCGACUUGUCUUCGGGCAACAAUUACGAGAUAUAUACCCUUCUUCACGAGCUUGUCGCACGCGAGUUGGAAAGCUACACGGAGAUCAUGUGCGUCCAAAGCGUGAAGUAUUACCUGGAGAUUGUGCCCUCCACACUUCGCAGUGAGUCUACCAUGCAUCGAAUCAACAAUGCUGAAGAGGGAUGCAGGCUGAAAAUGCAGACUACAGGUCCCACAAAACCAGUAAAUAUCCACGCAGUCUACAGCAACAAGCAUGUGGAAUCACAACCUGGGCAUGUCAUGGUCAAGGUGCAAAGGUGUCACGUUCAGCCAGAAAACAUGUAUGCAGUUACCAGUGAAGCACAAAACGGGUAUGUCAUACACUGGUCACAUGACGCCGACCACGGUUGGGACUUCCUCAGCUUGGACUUUGUGGGAACCGUGGUACAAGUAACCCCGAAGUGCAAGUUUCGUCUUGGUGACCGCGUCAUCGGCGUCUUCCCUGCUGUAGCGUCCUCUGUCGUCUCCCUUCCCGUUUCAGUAGUCCAGAAGCUGUCAGACCUCCCACUGUUACAGAACCAGCCCUGUCUGUCGUACUUUGUUUUGGCCUGGGAAAUUCUGGUACACUUGCUGGACAUCAAACCUAAACAGAAUGUUUGUUUGUUAGAGGAAACUACAGGCGCGCCUUCUGUCAUGGCAAGAGUCAUUGAAGCCGUAGCACUGGGUUUGAAGGCCAUCUGCUACAUAGCACAAGACGUUUACAGUCUAUCUAGCGUUAGAGGGGGCGUGGCUGUUGUAAUCGGAGGUCUACAUGCGCCCCUUAGAGCCCAGCUGGCAGAUGUAAUAGGCAGGAAUGGAAAAGUAGUGUGUCUGUGUGGUCAGAACCAGCAGACAUCUGCUUCCCUCAGAAUCAGGCCAGAUGUCAGAGUUUUGAUAGUCGACACAAGCACAGUGUUUCACGAGACGAACUUAAAGAUGAUCAUGCCAAAUGUAUCUAAACUGCUAUCGGUACAGUUUCAAAGGAAGUUGAACAUCGAUCUCCCCUAUACACAGAUCCCCUUGUCCUCGUCCCCUCACAAAGUCGGUCUUCACGAUGUGGUAACAACAAGUAGGGCAGAAAUCCCCGUUGUCGGUUUCGGCGUACAGUCUGAAGAUGGGUUACCGGGUACGCCAGUCAUCUGUGGGAGAAAGGCGCUCUUCAGGCGUGACGCUUCCUACGUCAUUGUCGAUGGUCUGACUGGUCUGGGCUUCUUCACUAUCGAAUUCCUUGCUGAGCGGGGAGCGGGGAACAUCGUAACCGUGUCCAGGACUCAGCCACAGGCGGACACAGUCACGGAGCUGAGGCGCGUCGGAGAAAAGUACGGAUCAAAAAUCAUCUGCCUCGUAGCUAACGUCACAUCGUACAAAAGCAUGACCGCUGCAUUGGACAAACUCAGAGACUGUCUUCCCGGCAUUCCGCUGAAGGGCGUUUUCCUCAGCACUGCCGUCUCCAGUGACCGCAUUCUGAUCAACCAGAGCCACGCUCAGUUUAAAAUGGGACUGGACGCCAAAGUGGUGGGUACCUGGAACUUGCACCUCACGACAAGACACCUCAACCUCGAUUAUUUCGUGUGUUACUCAUCCAUGUCCUCGGUGUUAGGCACCGGUGGGCAAACAAGUUACGGGGCGGCAAAUGCUUUCUUAGACGGCAUCGCCUGCCUUCGUCGUCAGAUGCACAUGGCCGGUCAGAGUAUCAACUGGGGUGCCUUGCAGCUGAAGACUCUACAGAGAGACAAGAGGAUGGCAAAAAUCUUGGAGCAAAAUGGAAUCCGAGAUUUGUACAAAGACAGAGUUUCAGAGUGUCUGGAAAAUUGUCUUCUUCUCAAUCCGGUUCAGCUGUUAGUUGUUGAUCUAGACCGGUCCCGGCUGGCGGCCAUGGCGAAACGGUUCCCGGACGUCCGAAGGUUUGAAAAGCUUGUAAGUGACAUUGAUGAUGUAACAGCAGAUGACGUAUUGUUGAGCACAGCGGUUGACCUUGACAGAUUGGGACAAAUGAGCGAGCAGGGCAGACGGGAGGCGAUUGGCGCUUUGACCCGGAACGUGUUUGUCAACCUUCUGAACGCGGAGCCCGGAGAUGUGCACACCAUGCAGAGGUCCGUCGUUAACAUGGGCAUGGACUCACUACUGGCACUCACCGCGCAAAACAUCUUCAAGAACAAGUUUCAAGUGGACGUUCCUUGGAUCGCCCUGCUAGGCAAGAAGUCAACAAUCGAGUCUAUCAACGACCAGGUCUUCGAACAGCUCAAUAAACGAAUUAGUGAGGGGCAGCCAGUAGCAUUUGUCGGAAGAGACGUCCACUGACGGGAGACAUCACAAGAGACAUAGAGAAAAUUCCACUUGAAUGACCUUACAAUCGACCUGGAGAACGACACGUUGUUUCAAUGCGAAACGGACAGAAAUGCGGACAGAGAAUGGCGAGACUGAGUGGGGAAACAGCGGGCCGAGCCUCUGGUGAUAAGGGUGCAGUCACACGAGCGUGACUGUGUAUCAAGUCCGUCCGACAUUUUCAUACGCAUGCGCUGUCGCCCAAACAACGCGCACCUCACACGCAUCUCAGUCGCUUUGUGGCAGCGUGUAUACGAGCCAACACGCAUACCUAAAUCUGUUCAAUGAAAAACAAUUGAGAUGCGUAUGAAGCGCGUAUUGUGCGUACGAGUGCGCAUGUAAAAAGUCAAUACGGACCUGACUGUCAAUUGAUCAAAGAGAGAAUCCAAUGUUGAUAGAGUAGUCUGUGAUGACUAUAUCGAAUUUGUUUAGUACAUUGUUAUGUAUCAUGUACAGUGGAACCCUGUAGAUAACACAGAUAAUAUUUUGAACUGUAUCAAAUGUUAGAUGACUAGAUAUUGGAUUUCAAUAGAAAGCAAAUGUACAUGUGUUAAUCAAGUUCUGUAAGUUCUACGUGGCACAUCAACUAUCAACAACUGCUGUCGCUUUGUUAUUUCUUGCAAUGAAGUUAACAAUACUUGGAUGUGCAUUGUGUAUACAUGUAUAUUGUAUGCUGUCGACUGUAUCUUAUCGUUGAUAAUUUUCCAUAGAUGAAGCAUGUAAAAAAAUCCAGUAAUAACGGCCAAGCUGGCAUAAUGA